AUGCCUGACACCCCGGUAGAAGACUCUAUCUUCCAUAUCAUUCAUUGCUACCACCUCUACGCUGCCAGAGAGGGGGACGUGGACACCCUGAGCCUGGACGAGCUCAAUGCCCUGCUCACAGAAAACAUGCCCCGAUUCAUGGAGGGUCUGGGCCGGAGUCAGCCUGAGUAUUUGAAGCAGCUGUUUCAAGUGGCCGACAAGGACAAAGACAACCAGAUCUGCUUUGACGAAUUUAUCUACAUAGUGGGAAAGGUGAUGAAGGAUUAUCACCUGCAGUACCACCGGCAGCUAUGUGCCCACUACUGCCACACCAAUGGCCUCUACUGA